GAUGCUGCACGGCGGCUGGCCAGAGCUCGUUGCCAGGGCGACGCCUGCGAAGAUGGCGGCUGCAUCUCCGUUGGAUUUCGACAGCGGCAAAGCUGAGAGCAAUGAAGCCAGUUCGAAAUGGCUGGAUGCGCACUACGACCCCCUGGCCAACAUCCACACCUUUUCCGCCUGCCUGGCGCUGGCAGAUUUGCAUGGGGACGGGGAGUACAAGCUGGUGGUGGGGGACCUUGGCCCGGGCGGGCAGCAGCCCCGCCUGAAGGUGCUCAAAGGACCCAGAGUACUGACUGAAAGCCCACUGCCCGAGCUACCGGCCGCGGCUGCCACCUUCCUCAAGGACCAACAUGAGCCCCGAACACCAGCUCUGGCACUUGCUUCAGGCCCUUGCGUGUAUGUGUAUAAGAAUCUUAGGCCCUACUUCAAGUUCAGCCUGCCCCAGUUGCCUGCAAACCCCCUAGAAGAAGAUCUUUGGAACCAAGCCAAAGAGGACCGGAUCGACCCCGUGACCCUGAAGGAGAUGCUGGAAGACAUCCGGGAGAAGGCAGAGGUGCCUUUAUCUGUACAGUCGCUCAGGUUUCUGCAGCUGGAGCUGAGUGAAAUGGAGGCGUUUGUGAACCAGCACAAGUCCAAGGCCAUCAAACGUCAGACAGUCAUCACCACCAUGACCACCUUAAAGAAGAACCUGGCUGACGAAGAUGCUGUGUCAUGCUUGGUGCUGGGCACUGAGAACAAGGAGCUCCUGGUGCUGGACCCGGAGGCCUUCACCACUUUGGCCACGAUGAGCCUACCCAGCGUCCCUGUCUUCCUGGAGGUUUCUGGCCAGUUCGAUGUGGAGUUCCGGCUUGCCGCUGCCUGCCGCAAUGGGAACAUCUACAUCCUGAGAAGAGACUCCAAGUGCCCCAAGUACUGCAUCGAGCUGAGCGCCCAGCCUGUGGGGCUUGUCCGGGUCCACAAGGUCCUGGUGGUGGGCAGCAACCAAGACAGCCUGCAUGGCUUCACCCACAAGGGUAAGAGGCUGUGGACGGUGCAGAUGCCUGCAGCCAUCCUGACCAUGAACCUCCUGGAGCAGCAUUCCCGGGGCCUGCAGGCCGUCAUGGCCGGGCUAGCCAAUGGAGAGGUCCGCAUUUACCAUGACAAGACCCUGCUCAAUGUCAUCCGCACCCCGGAUGCAGUGACCAGCCUUUGCUUUGGCCGCUUCGGGCGGGAAGAUAACACCCUCAUCAUGACUACGCGAGGUGGUGGCCUGAUCAUCAAGAUCCUGAAGCGCACAGCAGUGUUUGUGGAGGGGGGAGGUGAGCUGGGCCCCCCACCAGCCCAGGCCACAAAACUCAGCGUGCCUCGAAAGACUCGGCUUUAUGUGGACCAGACGCUGCGAGAGCGGGAGGCCGGCACCGCCAUGCACCGGACCUUCCAGACCGACCUCUACCUGCUGCGCCUCCGGGCCGCCCGUGCCUACGUGCAGGCCCUCGAGUCCAGCCUGAGCCCCGUGUCUGCGACAGCCCGGGAGCCACUCAAGCUACACGCUGUGGUUCAAGGCCUGGGCCCCACCUUUAAGCUCACACUGCACCUGCAGAACACCUCGACAGCCCGGCCCAUCCUGGGGUUACUGAUCUGCUUCCUGUACAACGAGGCGCUCUAUGCCCUGCCCAGGGCCUUCUUCAAGGUUCCCUUGUUGGUGCCAGGGCUCAGCUACCCCCUGGAGACCUUUGUGGAGAGUGUCAGUGACAAGGGCAUCUCAGACAUUAUCAAGGUGCUAGUGCUUCGAGAAGGCCAGAGCGCACCCCUGCUGAGUGCCCAUAUCAACAUGCCUGUGAGUGAGGGGCUGGCAGCUGCCUGACCCCUGGACUGGAAUUAAAGCCCUUGCGGAAUUGGGACCAGGAAGAUCCAGGCCCUUUCACUGAGCUGGGCAGAGGCAGUGGCCCAGCCUGCUCCCUGCGCAGCAGGUGCUGGGCCACAGCUUCCCUCUCCCCUCCUAAGCUCCCCGUGCUCACCAUCCGACCCCUGGUGACCUACAGCAGCAGGUCAGUGACUACCCAGGAGGUUCAGCGCCUUUCCUCUCAGGAAGGUGCAGGCACCGGCUCACUGGGCUCCUGCUGCUCCUCUGUCCUCCCCACUUUCCUCCAGAAACCACACCCAAGCCCAGAGGAAGAGCUCUGAAGCAGUCAAGGUGAGAUGAGGGGCACGGCCGCCUUCUCCUUUGCCGCUCCCCUUGGGCACAGCGCCCAUUGCUGCAGCUGGCCCAGCCAGAGGUGGCUGGGGCCUGGCCUGGGACAGUCAGAGACUUUACUGGGUGAGACUGAACCCCCUGUUGCUCCCUGGGGUUCCAGAGGCUUAGCUGCUGCCAGUUCAGCUUGAAGCAAAACAUAUGCUCUGAUCUCCCCUCGUGAGCUGAGCAGAGGACCCCUUCUUUCUAUUCGGGGGCCCUGAAUAUAGCUGUCUCCCUACAGGGGGCUUUUCUGAAAUCUUGGGCUCAGUCAAGGUCUCAGGCCUGUGAUGCUCCAUGCAGAGGGCAUAGGGUGCCCGUGCAGGGAGUUUGUGGCCCCAGCCCCAACCAGGUUCCUGAGGACCACACAGGCACUGCUCCUGACAGGAUGCUUGGGUCCAGAAUGUACACCCAAGAGAGGAAGGCUCAGGUAGACGGAGCAGAGAGGGUGCUGGGGGGAACAGAGAGGCAUUUCUGGGGCUCUGGGGAGGUGGCACAGGAGGCAGAAGCCCAGAAUUGCCGAUCAAGAUGCGCUUCAAUGCCCUGGAGCCCAGAGCAGCCAUGUGAGUGGAAAGUUCAGCUGGCAGUGGCCAUAGUGUGAGGGAAUUCGCUGGAAAGGCAUGGACCAGAGGCUCGAGUGAGUCAGAAGGCUGAACAAAGGCACAUGUUCAGCCCACAAGAACCAGAGACCCACAGUCCCAGCCCUCAGUGCCUCACAGCCCUGGCCAGUCUGCCUGGCCACCUCUCAGCAUUCUGGGGGGGCCACUCCUGAGACAGGAGCCCCACUCCCGGAGGACCUACAUCUUCCCCUCUCUGAGCAGGAGCAGCCCGAUGUGUGGCGACAGCUCAGGGUUGUAACCCAAUCCCUGGGGACCUUAGUUUCCCUUGUGUAAAUGAGGCAGUUUGACCCGAUUCCACUCUAAAAUGCUAU